UGGCUGAGCAGCCUUUCGGUCCACUUCCUUUCUCUAUUUUGUUUACGUUGUUUGGCGCGUAACUUCAUACCAGAACUAACCGUUCGGUGUUAUUGUUCCUCGGGUGUUUAGUUAUAACUAUGUAAUUAAACAUACGUUAAUUUGCACGCGUUAUUAACAACGCCCCCUGAGGCGGUGCUGCUGCACUGCCGUUGCAGUAAAGUUAGCAUACUUCGCUAGCCGGCUAACUAUCUUUUGUUUUUUUGUUAUCUAUUUCGUUUUUCUAAUUAAAAGACGGAGUCAGACUCUAGGAACGUCGGGCACUAGCAUUAACAAAGCUGCACCUAGAUUUUGGCUGAAUAUGAGCGGAGAAUGGCAGGACGAGGACACAGCAGAGGAAGAACUCAGCUUAGUGUUCCUGUGGAGGCAAUGGGAACAGGCAAAGGAGAGAACCUUCCACCUUCCACUGUCCAGCCUACACCAGUAUUUCCUCCCUUGGAACACAAGCCACUGCCAUUACAGACAGGAGAAGAAGCAGAAUACAUGCUAGCUCUGAAGCAAGAGUUCAGAGGAGCCAUGAAGACUCUGCCUUUCUACAUACGACCCGCUGCACCCAAGAAAGAUGUGGAGCGUUACUCGGACAAAUACCAGAAUACGGAACCAUCUGACAACACCAUUGAAUGGUGCCCAGACUGGAAGCGCUUGCCGAAGGAGCUUCGUGUGCGGGUGAAAAGGCCUCAUCCAAGCGAGAGAAGCGCAGUCGUUUCCAAAAGCCUCAAACAGCCACAAGUGGACAAAGAGAUCAUCCGCAAACUGGAGACACUGGAGAAAAAAGAGGAGGAGGUGAGUUCUGAUGAAGAAGAGGGCGAGAAGAAAAAAACAGAGGAUGAAGAAGCAGAGGGGGAGGAGGAGUACGACGAGGAAGAGUUCGAAGAGGAGACAGACUACAUCAUGUCAUACUUUGACAACGGUGAGGAAUUCGGCGCAGACAGUGAUGACAAUAUGGAUGAGGCUGUUUACUGAUGCCGAACUACAAAGCCACAAAUGAUAAGCUGAGUGAAUCUGAAUCCUCCGAGCAUUAAGGACCGGCUGGAUGGCUGAUGAUUCCGUUGGGCAGCUGAGUUUGUUAUACAGAAACACAUAGAAUUCCCUUCAUCAUGAGAUUGGCUAGACAUACAAUAGACUUUUUUUAUAAAUGAAGUGCAAUCUUGUGAUGGAGUGCAUCAAUCAUGAAACGCAGCACAACUUUACACACUUGGUUGAUUUUUACUGAAUGUCCACUUGGAAAAAAAUACAAAUGUAAAAAUAGAAAUGUAAUUAACCACUUUCAUUAUUGGUUGAAUUCUACAUGUUGUUAAGGUAAGAUAUAAGGUAAAAAAAAAAUAUUAGGAAAAAUAUUUAUUCACCACCAUAGAUUUGAGCAGUCAUAUUUCAGACUGAGAUUCUGCCCUGUAUGAAAACACAUGUAGUACAUUGUUGAUGUUUUAAAGUGAAUUUGUAGCCAGAUUGAUAUCUGUAUAUUUUGUUUCUCAUUAAUCGUGACAUUUUGGACAAGUUUUAGCAUUUUUAUUGUUAUUUUAAAUGUAAUACAGAAAAAAGGACCACAUUUUUUAAACAUUUUUUAAGUUUUAUACAGUGUCGGUAUUUACAUAUUGAAUGUAGUAUUUUGCAACAAUGGCCUGAUUACUUGGUACAAUCAGUAGCUGAUUCC